UCGGCCGCGUCGGUGGCCGCCGCCGCUACCACCGGAAAUCGCGGCAACUGCAUCUAGCCAGUCGUUCGCCGUUCAUCCCGCCCUUUGCCCGCGCCUCAACCGCAAAUUCGCCAAGCAUCCGCCGCCGUCCAGGACGAAACAGAGAGGAUAGGCGGCAGCACUGCUGGUGCUGGCGACACAGGCGACACCAACACGGCAGAAGGCGAGGUGGAUGUGAAGGGAGGAGGAACCUGCCGUUUAAGAUGGCCACGGGCGCAGUGCUUGGCGCUAGCAAGCAUCUCGAGUUCUCGACCUUCGCUGCCGUGUCCUUGCAUCCACUGCAAAACCAGCAACGGCGUUAUCCGCCAGCCGGCGCGUCUCUGCCUCUGCUGCCAAAUUUGGGGGGCGCAAGGAGUAGGGAAGAUCCGGGGCGACCACCACGGUGGGGCGCUACGUCCGUGAAGGCAGGACGAGCAGCAUCAAAAGACCUUGGAGACGACAAAGGGAAGGUCUCUCCCAUCUCAUAUGGGCCGCCAACCAAUGUCCUCUCUCUGUGCCAUCCCCAAAUUUUUGGAAAGGGACACCAGAAGAGCAGUCAUGGAUACAACCUUGGUGAAGGAUCUGUCACCUCGAGGGUUUCAAUGGAAGACCAUUGUGUGUGUCGUGGGAACAUAGGGAUCAAGCAACCUGGCAAAAUAAUUUGUUUUAGGUGGACUUCAUUGUCAUUGACCAAGAGGCAUGGUGCACCUGUUGUCCUUAUAUUUCGAGUGAAUGGCUUUGUGCAGUAUAGUAAAGGGAUGUUAAACUUUCUUCUGUUGUACGAUCAUUUAGUAUCGAAACUAAAUUUCCCUAGACAAUUAUACAUUCAAAAAUUAAAUGAUGUUUCAGGGCAACAAAAUGGAAGGCUGCAUCCCAGCCAAUCGAAUUGACCAGUUCAGAGAUAAAAUAAAGUAAGGUUCGAUACUAUUUUUCCCUUGGAUUCAUUCCAUGUUUGCUAUCCCACAGUACUGCCAAACACACAAGAAAGUUUGUCGCGUCUGUCCUGGUGGUGUUGAUCUCUUUCAGUUCUUCAUUGUUGUGCGCCGUGUCAAAUUGGAAAACCUGGUUAGUUUGUUUCUUGUGCAUCAGUGAACUAACUUGUCUUUUACUUCUUGACUCUUGAGGCUGCAGUUAAUAUGAAUUGAUUUAUUUUCGUCUCAAAUCAUGCAUAGAUAUUUAGUCCAUGCACUGAUAUUUUUAUUGAGGGUCCUUAGGAUAAAUUACCUGGUUUCAAACUUAUUUCGGCUGCCUUGAAUAUUGAUAUGAUUUUACUGACUAGAUCUUAGAAAUCCUACAGUGCAUGGAGCAGCUGUUCUUGAUGUCCCUGUUAAAGCCACUGUAAAAGAGGUGUUUUGUUUUAUAUAUCCAUAUGAUCAUCAAUAUGAUGAGUUUGCAAACAUCUUUAUAAGGAAACUUUUGAUCCACUGCAUCGUAAUUCAUCAAUAAUCACUUGUAGUACGUGUCAUGGAGAGAUCUUCAAACAACCACAAUUUUGUGUCAUAAUCGAUUCUACUUUAUUAAUACAAGAAAGAAUUUUCUUUUCUGCUUCUGAAUAUUUUGUGUCUGAAUUGAUUCAGAGAAGGAAUCCAUAUGUUUGGUGAUUUCCCUACAAUUUUUAUUUCCGUCUUUAAUUUGCCAAUACUGUUGUACUAUUCAGCAGGAAAUUUAACCCUGUAUUCGAAUCCAAGAUUAAAGUCUACAACAAAAUAUAUCGCUGGUGUGUUACUUUAGGAAAAAUCAACGCACCAGCUAUAUAUUUUGUUGUAGAUCUAAAUUUCCUUCUGAUUCCAAAUGUUCUAUACGUUUUAGUAUUAAUAGAUAAAAUAUGUCAGUUUUGUUGGAAUCUUCAACGAUUUUUAGCCAUGGCUGGUUGCUGAGCUUCAGUGGUUGACAGAUGCAUAUGUUAGUUGCUUGAUUCACCCAUUUAGUGAUUAGUUCUCUGCUAUCACAGAAAAGCACAAAUGCAUGGCAAGCUCCCAAUCAUGUAUAUAUCUGAAAUGGUCUAUUAGGGUCAAGAUUUAGAUGUAGCAGUACCUUGGUAGGUACAUUGUAUUCCUCCUUUAUUUUUGGCGAUUCUGCAUUUGAGAAUAUGUUCAUGCUUUCUGAAUCGAAUUAGAUCUGGAUUAUUCACUUGGUCUUAUUUGAUAUCGAAGUGAAGAGAGCUGGUACCAGCUUAUGAAUCUUUAAUAUUAUGUCGGGUCAUACAUCUUAGGCCUGCCAUAGUUUGAAGUUCUUUCAUUUCCUGUUUCAGUGAGAUAGCAUCUAACUCAUGUUCUAACAACUACGUACAGACAUCAAAUAUUAGUUGUUAUCAGAGGAAGUUAUUUUUAAUGCUUUAUCUUGAAAGGGUAACCAUAUACAUUCAACUGCAUAUGUGCUGUUCUUUCCAAAUAAGAUACACUUUAGAGUUCCCCCGAGUAGUAGGAUGCCUGAGUAGUUUGUCAAGUGGUAUUUUCAUGUCAAGACAUGUGUUAUUCUAGAGAUAAUGAACAACUUGCUUUUACCUCAGAAUUUUGAGGCCUCAUAGGGGGUGAGCCUCGCGGCGACACUUUAACUUUGUUUUUUGGUUUUCACUGCCUCUUUGCUGUGUAUGGUUUGGUGCUGCGUAGCGAUUUCGACUGUGCAGUUUGAUAUGUUUCCUUCGCUUACUGAACAGUUUGAGUGGUUUGGUGGCGUGGUCAUAGCUGAUGCAUGAUUGGAAACGGUGGUGGUUGAUGUGGAUGACUCACCCGAUCACACGUGUGUUCGACCGCUCAGACUAAUCUCCUCUGCAUUAUCCAUUCACAUUUUCACAGGCUCCAUCCUAGCACUUAUUUUCUUCUCUCUCUGUAAAUCAAUCGCCACGGGAGUUGGGAGCGCAGCAGGAAUGAGGCGCGCGUCGCGGGAGGAUCUUCGAGGCAGCCGCCGACGAGCGCGUCCCGGUAGGCUCCGCCGACAGCCGCCGCCGUUCUGCCUUGCCUCUCGCCUUCACCAAAUCGCCACUGUCCUCUAUUUCUCAGCCGCUCCCUGUCGAGCUUGCCGCCACCAAGAGCCGCCUCCCCGCGCGGACUGUUGAGAUACUUCGCCCCACACUACUCAUGGAGAUCAAGCACGACGCCAUCAUCGCGACGCUGGAGACGAAGAACUGCUGUGGUUGAGGAGCUCCAGCGGAUCGCGAACUGUGCCCCGGAUGAGGUCCGACUGCUCCUGUUGGAGCUGCCUGCGGUGGGGAUCGCGAAGGACGCGCUGGAGCGGCCGGUGCUCCUCUGGCGCCAACCGGUGCACGCGGGGGUGCUGUCUUGGCCAAGACCUGCGCGCUGAGGUGGUUCGAGUCCGUGGAGCAGAUCGCCGUGUGCGCUUGGAGAGGAGGCGACGGCGACGACAGAGGGCCAGGGCACAGAGUUUUCGUCUCGCUCUUUGGUUUUUUUCGCAUCAUUGUACUCGCCUUACAGUUUAUUUUUCUUUUCUCUGUAGGCCACGUCCUGUCGUCAGUCGUUGAGUUGUCCCCCACCGGUGUCUAAGUUUGUUACGAAAACUUCUUCUCUUCUACAAUUGAGUUCUACAA